GCUCCUUUUCAUUUGAAAGCACAGCAGCAACUUCCUAUAAGACAAGCAGGAAUGGCAGCAGGAUUUAACCUUUUAUAUAUUUUAAAUGAUCAGUAGGAAGUGUGGUUGCGACAAGAGCUUUUUCUCUUUUCCUGUUUGCAAAGAAGAGCAAGCAGAAUAUUUUUCCUAGUAAGUCCAUUGAAAGAAUGAAGCACACGCAAAGUAACAUUUAAUUUUUAUUGUCAGCCUAUUAUGCUUUUCUUCACUUUGAAAGUCAAUGAAUGUGACCGCACUUUUGGAAAUGGCAAAUAAGACUGAUCUAUCGUACAGCACAGCCUACAUUGCAGUGGAAACUGUGAUUGGAAUAUCCGCUAUCUUAGGCAACAUCUUGGUCAUCUGGGCUGUGAAAAUAAACUCAAGCCUCCAGAACACAACUUUUUUCUUCAUUGUUUCAUUGGCAUUUGCUGAUCUUGCUGUUGGAGUCCUGGUUAUGCCACUGGCCAUCAUAGUUAGUCUAGGAAUGGUGUUACCCUUUUACAGCUGUUUGUUUAUGUGCUGCCUCAUGGUUAUAUUAACCAAUGCAUCCAUCCUAUCUCUGCUGGCAGUAUCUAUCGACAGAUAUCUGAGAAUUAAGAUACCCACUAGGUAUAAAAUUGUGAUUACACCUAGACGAAUUUGUCUGUCCAUUUGGCUUGUUUGGAUUGUGUCAGUUUUGGUCGGGCUGGUUCCAAUGUUCGGAUGGAAUAAAAAAUCCAACUCAGACUACCUGGCUUGCCAGUUCCUUAGUGUUAUGAGGAUGGACUACAUGGUCUACUUUAGCAUUUUUGGGUGGGUUUUCCUUCCCAUGAUCAUUAUUUUGGCUUUAUAUAUUGAAAUUUUCUAUCUGAUCAGAAAACAUAUCAGAAAAAACAUGUCAAAUACUAGAAGCAGGGGAAUAUUCUAUGGCAGGGAAUACAAGACUGCAAAAUCCCUUGCUCUGGUUUUUUUGCUGUUUGCAAUCAGCUGGUUGCCAUUGUCCAUUCUUAAUUGUUAUCUUUACUUCACCCAAGGCACUAAACAUUCCAGUGCAUUAAAGUGGUUCAUAUCUGUAGCCAUACUGUUGUCUCAUGCCAACUCAGCGAUGAAUCCAAUCGUCUAUGCUUUCAAAAUAAAGAAGUUUAAAGACUCAUAUACCCAAAUUAUAAGGACAUAUAUCCUACACAGAGUGAUGAUAUCUGAAAGUUCAAGUGGGGAGCACACAUUGGAUGAGAUAUCUCAGGAAAUUGUUGAAUGA